AUGGGGAGACAGUUGGAGCGCCAAGUCUCGGAAGUUGGAUUUCAGGACUAUCAUCCAGGUUGCAUGUGGGGAAUACUUCAUAUUCUUGACUACCAUUAUUGGCAGAGUCCUAAAAAGUCACCUCUACGCAGAAAGCCUGGCAGAGGAAAACAUGUUAGAUGCUGCCGAAAUCCAAAAACAAUUUCUUUUGAUCAUUACACUAAUGAAGUAGAAGAAUAUUUAAGUGCUGAAGCAGUUCCCUUACUGGAUGAACAUAAAACUAUAAAGACUAGCUCAACCAACAGAAUUGCCAGAAAAGCCCAGAUAAAAGCUUUAAUUGCUAAGGAGAUAUUUGCAAGAAGUCGGUCUCAGCAAACUGAUCCAGUCCACCAGUUAGAACCUUCAGACAAUUGCCUUGGUACAAUAAAUAGCGAUUGGGCAAAUCCAAUCAUAAUCCUCCACAAAAGUGCUGAUACUCCUGCCGCCAGAUUGCAGGUUCCAUCUGUCUCUACGACACCUGAAGAACUAGUUGCAAACAAUAGUAAUGCUGAGGCCUGCUCAAAACAAAACCAGCUUUCUACCGAGGAUGCAUUUUCCUUGGAGCACUGUCGUAACUCAUUAAACCAUACCCUUUCACGUGCUAAGCAUCUCAACAGAGAAAUUUCAUGCCCUCAGUUUAUGGAGAGUGUGGAUGUCCUGGAGAUACUGAAGGUAAAUCAAAAGCUGUUGGUGGAAAUCCUAAAGGAUCCAGACGCUCAAAACACCCAUGUCCAGAAGACUUCCAACGCAAAAGUAAGAUUAAGGAGGUCAGGAUCAUUUCCUGCAGCUGACUGUUCACACAUUAGAUUUGUUAGGCCUAGUACAAUUGAGCACAAGCAGAAGGAAAUUUGGUCCUUUCCAAGGGGAGUGAAGUCACCCAUCGGGACUCCAGCACCUACUGCAAUCAAGUCUUUGGAAGAUUUUUCUGAGAAGUCAAUAGAUUUAAAGGCUACCAAUCAUGGAGUCGCGUCUAUUGCUCCAGAAACACAGUUUUCUUCUCUUGAAUCAUCUCAGGGAUUACAUAAACACAGGUGGCAUCUUCCAUUCAUGAGUCGUUUUAAAGUUCUUCAGAAAAAAAUAAAGUAUGCACUCACAGAAAGGAAAAGGGAGACUAAUCUUGUUUCAGUGAAUGCAAGUCUCUAUAGAGUUCCUUCUGGAUGCAAGUUUUCCACCGAUGAGGAAGAGAUGUCUAAGAAGUUGAAGGAGAUUACAAUUAAUCAAGAUGGUAUAGAAAAUCCCACGAGCUUUCAGGAGAUGAGUUAUUUUGAUAAUGAUCUCAGCAAAGGUCAAGUUCCUCACAUAAGAAGAGGAACCUCUUUAAAGGAGUCAUUGGAUGGUUAUACUCGAUUGUUUGAGUACAGUUUCAGUAAAGAGUCCAAGUGGCACCAGUAUCAAUCUAAAAGCUUAAAAUUGUCGAGCGAAGAUAAAGUUCAACCCGGUGGUCUGAAAUCCUUCAGAAGGAGACUCUCUCUGCCAGAUAUUGAGUCUAUAUAUCACAUUCGAAAUGAGCCCUCAGGUGAUGCCCUUAGUUCAAAUACGUCAACUAUGACAGGAAUGGAAUAUGAUGCAAAUGCUAAAGAAGACGUUCAUAAUGACUUGAAGUCCAUAAGCAUUCCUGAAGUUGGAAAACAAUUCAAAAGACUAGAUACUGUGGGAGAGACUGAACUUCAGAGAAACAUAGUAGAAAGAGUUGGCAGCAUGGACAGUAAUGAAUGUUCAGGUGGCCUAAUGGUAAGUAACAGCGAAGGAAGUUCUAUGACAAUUGAACUAAAUCAGGAUACAAUGGAACCUGAAAGGUGUGAGCAUUGCCCUCAGAGCAAUCAGGGGAUUUGUUCGGCAAACACCUCCAUUAGAGAGCACGAAGAACAAAGUCCAAUUUCAGUUCCUGAGACUCAUUUUCGAGAUGAUAUAACUUGCCGAACAGAGUUCCCAACAUCAGAAGGUCCAGAGCGGGAUCCUAAGCACAUGUUUGUUGAUGAACCAGAUUCUUCUGUCACUUUACAAGAUAGGUCAAGCGGAGAUUCCUUAGAAGGAACUCGCAGCACUACCAGCCUUGAGAAUGCAGAAAAUGCAAGUACAAUGGUUGGUGCUGAAUUCCUUAAUUUUGAAUUGAAUAGGCAAGAAGAUGAUGCUGAUUUCAAUUAUGUGAGAGAUGUCCUUGAGGUUUCCGGUUUCACUGGGCCACAGUUCCUUGAAACAUGGUAUUCAUUAGAGCAGCCAUUGAGUCCAACAUUGUUUAAAGCUUUAGAAGCUUAUUUGCACAAAGGAUUUGAAUCUUCUUCAGAGGAUGUUGCCUACAAUUGCGAUCACCUACUUCUGUUUGAUUUGAUUAACGAGGAACUGCUUGAGAUAUAUGAGAGCUCAUUAGCCUACUUCCCGAGGCCCUUCUCCUUCACUCAGCAAGUCCGUCCAUUGCCCAGGGGAAAUCAUGUUAUCGAGGAAGUCUGGAAAAGAAUUAGCUGUUACAGGAGGUCAACGUCAGAAAUGGACCAGUCAGUAGAAGAUAUAGUAGCUCGAGACUUGGAGAAAGGUGAUGGCUGGAUGAAGCUUCAACUGGAUGCUGAGGAUGUAGCACUAGACCUGGAAGAUUUGAUUUUCGAUGAACUUGUAGAUGAAGUUAUAUGUUCAUAUUUAGACAGUUGA